UAUAAAUAGAAGGACACAUAAGGCAGUAGAUCAACUACCAAACCCAGAAAGAGAAAACUUAUGGAGCAAACUGCUAAUUCUGGCAAUUGUCGUCCCCUUGCACAUUAUCACCCUAGCCUUUGGGGAGACCACUUCCUCAAUUACACCCCCCCUGAUGAGUUAACUCAAAGACAAAGGGAGGAAGAGGUGAAGGAGCUUAAAGAGGAAGUAAGGAGAAAGCUCUUAGGGUUUCCUGAAGAUAGGAAGCAAAGACUUGUGGUGAUAGAUGUAGUGGAACAACUUGGUGUUGCAUACCACUUUGAAGCUGAAAUUGAAGACAACUUGCAGCAAUUUUACAGCAACUAUUCACAAGAUGAUGAAAUUUAUGAGAAUGAUCUCCACUAUGUCUCUCUUAGAUUUCGUCUCUUAAGACAACAUGGCUUCUAUGCCUCAUCUGAUGUCUUCUACAAGUUUAAGAGUGCGGAUGGACACUUCAAGGAAUCCUUGAAAAAUGAUGUAGUGGGGAUCCUAAACUUUUAUGAAGCAUCAUAUCUUAGAGUGCAUGGAGAAAAUAUACUUGACGAGGCAGUAGAAUUCACAACAACUCAGCUGAAAUCGUUGGUUAGCAACCUUAGUGAUCCCUUGGCAACUCAAGUAACUCAAGCCUUAAAGUUACCCCUCCAUAAAGGUGUGACGAGACUAUUGUCUAGACACUAUAUCUCCACAUAUGAAGCUCACCCUUUGCACGACGAAACUCUGCUAAAAUUUGCAAAGUUAGAUUUCAACUUGUUGCAGACAUACCACUUGAAAGAGCUGCGAGAUCUCUCCAGGUGGUGGAGAAGCCUCAACUUUGGCUCAAAACUACCCUUUGCAAGGGAUAGAAUAGCGGAGGUAUACUUUUGGAUGUUGGGAACCUUCUAUGAACCUCAAUACGCAUUAGGAAGAGAAAUAUUUACAAAAUUGUACAAGAUGACGUCCGUUAUGGAUGAUACAUAUGAUGCAUAUGGCCUCUUUGAAGAGCUUGAAGUGUACACUGAAGCUGUCCAAGGGUGGGACAAGAGCAACAUGAACAAACUCCCCGACUACAUGAAGCUGACUUAUGAGGCUCUCCUUGAUACAUUUGAUGGAUUUGAACAAAGUUUAGCCAAUGAAGGAAGAUCACAACUGGUUUCUUAUGUUAGAGAAAUGAUGAAAGCUCAAUGCCGAGGCUACUUUCAAGAGGCCAAAUGGUGCCAUGAGAAGUAUGUCCCAACGUACGACGAAUAUCUCAAUGAUGCUGCAAUCACAACUGCUGGCUACACUUUAAUGUCUGGGACAACAUUUCUUGGAAUGGGUGAAUUCGCAACAAAAGCAGUAUUUGAAUGGGCUAGGGAGACCCCCAAACCUAUCAAGGCUUCAUGUAUAAUUGGAAGGCUCAUAGGUGACAUGGCUAGCUAUAAGAUUGAGCGUAAACGAGAACAUGUGGCAUCUGCUGUAGAAUGUUACAUGAAGCAAUAUGGAGUUGGUGAGGAAGAAGCUGUGAAAGAACUUCACAACAUAGUGGAGGAAGCAUGGAAAGACUUAAAUGAGGAGAUGCUUCGGCCAACAACAUUUCCAAGGCCAUUGAUGACACGAAUUCUUAACCUCUCAAGGGUUAUUGAAGUUUUCUAUCGUCUAGGAGAAGAUGAUUACUCUAUUGUUAGCCAAAAUAUGCAACAGAAAGUGGAACUUGUGCUCAUACAUCCGGUAAUAGUUUGAGCUUACCAUGCAUAUUGAAUGACUUGUUUGGUAGACCAAAAUUAAAGGCGGUAUGAUAAUAACUAUAAUAAUUAUUUUGUAAGGGAAAUCUUAUGGCUAUGUUUAUGAUCUAUUGUGAUGCUUUUCAUCCUCAAAUUUUUUUUCUUCGUAAAAUUCUAUUAUGAUCUAUUACCAUCUCAAAUAUUGGUAUUGAUUGAUAAUAGAAUUUUUUUUAUAACAAAGUCACACAAGUUGAGGAUGGAAAUAAUUGCAAUAUCGUAGAUGUUAACAUAAGUCUUUACUUACAAAAUUUUGUGUUAAGUUAUUAUGAUUACCGCAAUUUAAUGUUGCCAACCUAACGAGUUGUAACAAGCUUGGAGAAAGAUUUGGGAAGAUUGUUAGAGAACAAGACCUUCCACGAAGUGCAUGGUGCUUGCAUUCUGGCGAAGAUUGGGAGCUUUACCUUUCUUUUAUUUGUUAAUGCUUGUGUGUUUAAAUAGUUUUGUUCAUCAGGUGAUAUUAUAUUAGUCAUCUAGAUGGAUUUGAUUGCUUGUAUAAUGUCACGUGAUUUGCAUCCCUUUUUUCAUGAAGGUGAAUAAAUUUUUUUGUUUUCAUAUAA